ACCUGCGGGAGGAGCCCGUAUCCGCACAGCCUGCGCUGCCCGGUCCUAUUCGAGGCGAGCUCAGAAGCAGCUCUGAGAAGAGUUGUGUUCAUCCUCAGGUGCUUCCUAGUUAAUCGUUGGAGCCCGCAAGCAACAUGCCGGAGCAAAGCAAUGAUUACCGGGUGGCUGUGUUCGGUGCAGGUGGUGUUGGCAAGAGCUCUCUCGUCUUGCGGUUUGUGAAAGGCACGUUUCGGGAGAGCUACAUCCCCACUGUGGAAGACACGUACCGGCAGGUCAUCAGCUGUGACAAGAGCAUCUGCACCCUGCAGAUCACGGACACCACGGGCAGUCACCAGUUCCCGGCCAUGCAGCGGCUAUCCAUCUCCAAAGGGCACGCUUUCAUCCUGGUCUACUCCAUCACCAGCCGGCAGUCUCUGGAGGAGCUCAAGCCCAUCUAUGAGCAAAUCUGCGAGAUCAAAGGGGACGUGGAGAGCAUCCCCAUCAUGCUGGUGGGGAACAAGUGUGACGAGAGCCCGAACCGUGAAGUGGAGAGCAGUGAGGCUGAGGUGCUGGCCCGCAAGUGGAAGUGCGCCUUCAUGGAGACCUCGGCCAAGCUCAACCUCAACGUGAAGGAGCUCUUCCAGGAGCUGCUCAACCUGGAGAAGCGCAGGACCGUGAGCCUCCAGAUCGACGGUAAAAAGAGCAAGCAGCAGAAAAGGAAAGAGAAGCUCAAGGGCAAGUGCGUGGUCAUGUGAACCGCCCUCCCGUGGGAGCAACGGUUGUGUGUACCCCACCCCUCCCCGCCCCUCACCCUCCCACGUGACACCCGCAGUCGUCAGGGUAGCAUGUCAGACGCCCACGUGUUAAAUAUUGCAUUUUGACUGAGACGUGCCCAACUGUCCUCAGAGGGCAUUUCACACCACCACUGAUAAGCACCCCCUCUCCAGAAUCAGGGAAUCUGACAGAUGCUUAAAAUGAAAACCAACACGCUCGGCAUCGCAGGGAACCCAAGGGAUGUCAGCCAUUUCUGGAGGCAUCCUUGGCCCUCAGGAGGCAGGAAGGCUCAUGCCUGCAGGAGAGUGUGCUGUGCUGAUAGCAGAAGGUACCAUCUGGAUACAUGUAAGAGCGCAGGCGUCUCCUCUGCUCCGAAGCCAGUGACAUCCCUGGGGGAUGGGAGGGGCAGGAGGAGGUGAAAAGACCAGGCCAAAGUUGUUCCCUUCUAUGGUUCUUUAACUGAAUUAAAUGUAAUACAGCUGACCUGUGAGCCUUGCCCCUCUGAGGGGAUGUCCUCACUAGCCUAGUUAUUAGCAGGUUAUCAUUUUAACCUUUUAGAGUAUUUCUUUUCACAUACAAUGGUGAAUUCACUAAGAGUGUGCCACUUUGUCAGAAAUUCUUCAAUUUCCAUUUGAAACGUUUGUGUGGGGAUAUUGUGACAAUACUGAAACAUCACAAUAAUAUUUUUGUGUGUUAUAUUUUGAGAGUUUUAGAAGCGUGAAGUUUCCUUCCUUUGACCCAUGAGGGGUAUAACUCUUCCAGCCCUUAGAUUUUAAAUAAAAGCAAUCAAAGUAGCUACUUUUUAGACAUUUUUUGUCCUCCAACACAAUCUUUUUUUCAAUAACUCGCUCUAUCUUCAGCUGAGUAACAGCCAAUAAAGGCCCUCUGAAGACCAGAAGCACAUCCAUGUUCUAACAGACGUCGACACGUCUAUGCCAUACUUUGCACCUUAAUGAAAUGCUUUGAGACAGAAGUUGUUCGCUAUGUUUUUGAUGAUCAUCUCUGACAAGUAUAUUCCUGGAAAAUCAGUUCAAGUAAUCAAUUAUGGUGCAUGUUCCUUUAGAAAUGUCUUCUAAAAGCUGGCCUAUGCUGGGUUCACUCUGGAAAGAAUCUCAUGUGCAUCCUCAAACCACUGCUGGUUGCUGCAUGCUGGCUGGAGACAGGUCGGGCAGGCCUCUGUCACGGGCAGGGCACAGACUCCUCAGCUAAUUCUUCUGCUGGCAUCAAGGCUGCUUUGGAGCUGCUUCCUGAAAAUUCCCACUGACAGAGCCUGUAAGUUUUCCUCUUGGUUCCAGUCUGCAUCCCACUCUGGCUUCCUCUGGAAUGUUCCCUUGCAGGACACCUUCCUGUCGCCUGCUUGGCAGGCAGAGUGAGUGCUGCCUUCAGGCUCGUACAGGGAUGCUUCCAGGCUGCUGGGGAGCAGUGCUAGCUGGUACAGAGUGGUCAAGUUCAGGACCUUUAUGGAUACCACUCUCUCCUGCACUUUCUGUGUUUUUCCUGCCCCUCCUGCUGUGGCCACUUCUGGGCAGCUCUAUGCUCUCAACAGAUCCUAAAUUUCCCCUUUUGGUUUAAUUUUUUUGCCUUCCUCUCAUCCCCUCUGCUCUGCUAAUAACGCAUCUUUGUGAUGUACUUAGUGUGUGGGAGGCACUUGGCAAGCCGUUGGCUCCAUGGUCUGCCCACCACUCUGGCCUCCUAGAAUAGAACUUGGGUAGGGAGGGUAGAGAUGGCUGGCUUGGUCACCAGUGGGGAUCAGGGAAACCCAGAACUCCUGGCCCAGAACCAAGUCCCUCUCCAAGUCCUAACAGCCACACCCUCUGCUGGGCUCCUUCUGUUCCAAGUGACUGUUGCACAGCCUUCACAGUGAGAUCUCGUUGCUGAAUUUUCUAGAACAUUUGCUUUUCAACUUAUCCCUAUAUAUGUAUGUAUAUUUUGUUCUAUUUCCAUUCUCAGAGAGAUGCCAUCCAUUUGUAAUUUAGAUUUGGGUUAAGUGGAAGAAGAAAUGGGACUCCAUGGCCAAAAUGAACUGUAGAGAUCUUAGGUGGGUUAAGCUAAUGGUCAAAUGUGAUGUCUGCCAUGAGCUGUCCUGUCCACAAGGCUCCCAAUUUGCAGGCUCCCCAUGACUGCCACAUUACUCCUGAUCCAAGUUAGAAAUUCAUUUAGCCCUCUCAAGGCAAUGUCUACAUUUUUAAGUGUUUACAGUUUAAUCAAUGUGAGAAGCUUGUAAUUAUUGAAAAUCUGAUGUCAUUCAGGACACAUUUUGUUCCUUUGUAAUUUGCCUGUGAGUUUACUGGAAGGCUAUUGAUGCCUCAAUCAUGGGUCUUUGUUCUGAGAUCAUUUUUUACGAACUGCACUGAGGGUAUAGAUGAUUAUCUCAAAAUAAUCUUUUCAAAGCUCUCCAACUGACACUCAGGGCUCGAGGAGUUAGUUCCACUGAAUCAGAUGUUUUUAGCAUUUAUGUGGCCCCAUCCUCGAAUAAGUAGUUGUGAUUCUUGAGGACACAUCCUACAUUGUGUAUGGACACACAAGAUUUUGACCUCGCCUCAGCAAGUUACAAAACUCAACGUAUUGCUUAGAAGAUGGCUCUCUGGGAAUAAGCCUGGGGCUCCAUGGGUCCCAUUCUGUCCCUGACAUUCCCUCUUCCAUCUGGUGACAAGCCAUGGGCGUGCCCUAGGCAUGCAUGCAAUACAGCAAGACCAACUCAAGAGCAAUAUUGAAUUGUUCAUUAGAUCUAAAAUUAUAUAUAUAUAUAAAUAUAUAUAUAAUUUCUCUUCCUGCAUUUUUGAAGUAUAAAUUAGUACAUUGUAUAUAUCUGUAAGCUAGUAUAUUUGUUUCACCAUUUGUAAUAUUUAAGAAAUACUCUUUAUAGAACAAAAGUAUUAAAUAUUCAAAAAAUGCUCUGUGAUACUUAAUUUUUUUUCAAAAUUUGUAAUGUGUUGCUCCUACAUAAGAUCUCUGGAAAUAUAUAACUAAUGGGACACAUGUAAACCCCUGAAGAUCCAUCCUGAAAUUCAGUGUCCCACAAAGAUAGUGUGUGGACAGAGCAUUUACAGAGCAUGACUUUUAUACAUGUGGGAUGGCAAUGUGUAUAUUUAUAUUUAAGGUGUAUUUACUGUUACAAUUCCAUUAUCUAUUUUAUCUACAGUUAUAACAAUCACUCUUGCAUAUGAGUUUCUAGUCGCCAGUGAUGUUCUGAAAACAAUAAGCAUAUUAAAAUAAAGCUUUGGUUCUGACACACA